GCUUCAAAUUCAUGACAAGUUGUUGUCAACAAUUUUCAUUUCAUCUAUUGAAUUGGUUACUCUUAAUCUCGAUUAGUUUAUUUCCUUAAAUCUUUCUAUUCUUUUAUUAAUUAUUGAGAACAUUAACUAAUUAGACAAUCAACAGGUCCUUCAAAAUGGCGAAAACGGCAACUAAAGGACAGAAACAAAUUCUAGAAGAUAAUAAGAGUACAAUCAAAUUGUACUUGGGUAUCUCUUCAGUUUCUCUGAUUACUUAUCUUCUCGUAACAUUCAUAUUCUUUUUUCAACAAUUUACUUUUAGAUAUAUGUUUUUUACAUUUCUAACAAUAAUCAUUUAUAUUGGAGCAAUUGGUUUCAUGAAAUUCAUGGCUCAACCCUCAUACUCAGAGACAGGAUCCCUAGUUGAUGGAGGGCUUGAUCUUAACAUGGAAGCCGGAAUGGCCGAAUACGCCAAAGAUAUUGUCAUAUUAACUGCUGGUGUCCAGUUAUUAUCACUAAUCUCUAAUUACUUUAUCCUACUAUGGUUUGCGGCUCCUGGUUAUGCUUCUUAUCUGAUUUGGGUCAAUAUUCUUGGACCAUGGAUAUUUGCUCCAGCCCCUGAAGAAGGGCCAGUAAAUGAGAAGAAACAGAAGAAACUUGAUAGAAGGAUGAAAAGAAUGCAGUAAUCAAAAGAGAAUUAUUUUCUAAGGCAAAAAUUAAAUAGACAAAACAACUAACGAAAAAAGUAAACAGAAAAUUAAAUCUUCAAUCGUGAUUAAGGUUUUUAAA